AGAGGCGUUCGAAGUUCAGAGAUCCCGCUCCGCCGGCUCACACAAAGCUCGAAGCAUAUUUUUGCGUCUCCAGCCAAGAGAAACCUGAAAAGGGUUAUUCUCCUUCUCUCCCAUUUUUGUCCUUUUCUCCUCGCUCAGUUUUCUUCAUCGCUGCCUCAGGGAUAAAAGGAACGCCUGAAAAGGAUUCAAUUACAGUGCUAAUCAUUAUAUUGUGGGGGGUUGGGUUAUCAACGCUUGAAAUUAUCAUCUGAGUUUCAAUGAACGGAGAUAGACGGGAAAUGAUGGGUGGACGGGGCAGUAUCUCACCCAGAAUGGGAGGGAGUCCAGGUCCAGUGCGACAUGAUCGCUCUGGAAGUCAUCGAGAACAACAUCGGUACAGCCGUUCAAGAAGUCACUCGAGAGGACGCGAAAGGAAAAAUUAUCGUCGGGGUUAUAGGUCACGAUCCAGAUCAAGGUUAGUAGAGGGAGGCGGCGGUGGUGGUGGUGGUGGCGCUAGAAGCCGUUCACGGAGUCCAAUGUCUGGUCGUCGGCGACAAGAUGGAGGCCGGAAAAUGGCCGUUUCUUUGAAGGAUGAUCCUCAACCAAAUAAAUGCUUGGGAGUCUUCGGUCUCAGUCUUCGAACUACAGAACGCGAUUUAAAAGAAGUCUUCUCAAGAUACGGUCCCAUAGAUGAAUGCACUGUGGUUAUUGAUGCUCAGACUGGUCGUUCACGUGGGUUUGCUUUCAUUUAUUUUGAGAGCAUGGAGGAUGCAAAAGCAGCAAAAGAGAGUUGUAAUGGGAUUGAAAUUGAUGGUCGACGAAUUCGUGUAGAUUUCUCGAUUACUCAGCGAGCCCACACUCCAACACCCGGAAUAUACAUGGGAAAGCCCACGUAUGAUGAUUCUGUUGACAGACGCAGUCGUGGGGGACGCCGAGAGGAGUAUAACCGGGGUUAUAACCGUCGAUCUCCUUCUCCAUAUUAUCGUCGCAGAGGCAGAUACUCUCGAUCACGAUCUCGUGAAUACAGCCCACGGGGACGUUACUAAAAUCAAUUGGUAAUAAAAACGGAACAUAUUGAAUGGAUAUCUUGAUGCACACGAGUGGAAUGGAUUUUCCGUUUCUAAUGAAUUGGUAUAUAAAUAGAAACAUUUCUUAAAUUUCUUUUAGAAUGUCUGUUUUAAUUGUAAAGCUUAUUCGUUCUUAUCUUAUUCAUUAUCUUAUUCAUUUUUUGAUGUCCUAAAAUUUAAAACUUUACGAAUUUGCUUUUUUUAUGAAUAGUCAUUAGCAUGGUGUCUUUUCCUGUUAGUACAUUCACUUCAAUUUUAACAAGGAAGGACAACUAUUAUUAUCAAUCUUCUUAUUAUUGUUUGAUACACUAAAUUUUUUAUGUGAGCAAGAUAGAAUUAUAUAUAGUAAAAGGUCGUUGUGCGGAUGGUGGUGUUGUCAGUUACACAACUGAUUUUUCAAAAUUGAAAAUGUGUAAUUUUUUAAUCAGUAGUUUUCAUAUCUGCUGUACAUAUUCCAAAAAAUAGAGAUUAGUUUGAUCUAUUGAUCGAUGUAUAUGUCAGAUUAGCUUGGCAGCGACACUAACGGCUUUAUUAUUAUUACUACUUGGAGGAAACCGAGGCGUCAUUUAAAUAUGGAGUAGAUUGCCGGUCUUACAUUUAAAAAAGGUUUCCCACCUGACGUAAAUGGUAUUUAGGUUUUUACUAUAGUAUGUCACAUAUAUAUGGCGUAACUGCUUCUCAAUAUUACGUAAAAAAAUAACUACGAGAUUUUGUUAAUGUUGGAAUUCUAAGAAUAAAUCUGUUAUUAGAAAACUUAUUAGGUUAUGUAA